AUGGCUGCUCCAACUACAAGCCCCUCUUCCGAUCCCAGUUCGACGCCGCAGACAUUCCGCAUCCUCGUCCUCCCCGGCGACCAUGUCGGACCUGAAGUCAUGGUCGAAGCCCUGCGCGUCCUGGACGUGGUGCAGACCUCGUCCGUGGGGAAAAUCAAGUUCGUGUAUAAUCACCAGAUCGCCGGUGGGUGUAGUAUCAACCGGCACGGCACGCCGAUCACGGACGAGGUGUUGAGGAUUGCGAAAGAGGAGAGCGAUGCUGUCUUGUUCGGCAGCGUGGGUGGGCCGGAAUGGGGCACGACCUACCCCAACCCCGAGUCCGGUCUGCUUCGGCUCCGACAACAUCUCGACGCAUUCGCCAACAUCCGACCGUGCACGUUCUAUUCGCGCUCGCUGAUCCCGCUGUCACCACUGAAACCAGCGAUCGCGGAAGGCACCAACUUCAUCCUCCUCCGGGAGAACUGCGGCGGCGCGUCUUUCGGCCAGAAAGUCGAAGAGGCCGACUUCGCCAGCGACUCGUGGGCAUACCGGCGCGAUGAGGUGGAGCGGUGCGCGCGAGUGGCCGCGGCGCUGGCACCGACCAUGGGCAAAGACGGCCUCGGGACGGGCCAAUGCCCCGAAGGGCCCGCGACGGUCUGGUCGAGCGACAAGGCCAACGUGCUUGCGUCCGGCCGGCUGUGGCAACGGGUGACGAGCCAGGCGUUUGCGCAGGAAUUCCCGCACAUCGAGCUCCGCCACCAGCUCGCAGACAGCCUGAGCAUGCUGAUGGUCAAGAACCCGCGCAUGUUCAACGGCGUCAUCCACACGGACAACACCUUUGGUGACAUGCUCUCGGACCAGGCCGGCGGCGUGGUCGGCACGCUCGGUGUCUUCCCCAGCGCCAGUCUCUGCGGCAUUCCCGACGGCGUCAAUCGUUGCAACGGCAUCUACGAGCCCGUCCAUGGCUCCGCGCCCGACAUUGCGAGAAAGGGCAUGGUCAAUCCCACCGCCCAGAUCCUCUCCGCGGCAAUGAUGCUCAGAUAUUCGUUCGGCCUCGCUCCCGAGGCCACCACCAUCGAAGCCGCGGUCCAGAAGGUCCUGGAUGGCAAGGAUAUAGGCGGCCUGGAAAUCCGCAGCGCCGAUCUUGGUGGCUGUGCAACCACGAAACAACUCGGCGAUGCUAUUUGUAUGGUGCUGAGCCGGAUCCUGAAGGGGGAACAGCAGGAGCAUCAAUGCAACCCAUAA